CGGCUGGCAUGUUCGUCUGCACAUGCAUAGCCCAUGUAGUGUGUCCGAAACGUGUUUGUUCAUUCGUAAAUAACAGCUUUAAUACGUGAUUUCGCUUCCUUGUUUGUCAAAAGAUAGCUCAAAAUGAUCAUUCUACGAGUUCCAAGCGUGGCUUAUUUAAAGUCGCUUUUAAGAAACCCGACGGAGAAGUACAGACGUGAAAUUAUCCGGAUAUCGAGAUCUGGAUAUGCAACACCAUCCAAAACUGAACACAAGGACGUGGAGAAUAUUAGAAACAUCGGAAUCUCCGCACAUAUCGACUCGGGCAAAACAACGCUCACCGAACGCUUGCUGUUCUACACUGGAAGAAUCAACAAGAUGCACGAGGUGAGGGGGAAGGACCAUGUCGGAGCCGUCAUGGACUCGAUGGAGCUGGAGCGACAGCGGGGCAUCACAAUUCAGUCUGCAGCCACUCAAGUCCAUUGGGACAACACAGCCAUCAACAUUAUUGACACCCCUGGCCAUGUGGACUUUACGGUGGAGGUGGAACGUGCCCUGCGUGUUCUUGACGGAGCAGUUCUCGUUCUGUGUGCUGUGGGCGGUGUGCAGUCGCAGACACUCACUGUCUGUCGUCAAAUGAAGCGUUAUUCUGUACCCUGCGUGGCUUUUAUCAAUAAACUGGACAGGAUGUCAGCAAAUCCUUCCAGAGUCCUACAGCAGAUGAGAUCCAAGCUUCAAUACAAUGCAGCCUUCCUACAGUUGCCUAUUGGUCUAGAGGGCAAGCAUCUAGGCAUCGUCGAUUUGAUCCACCAACGAGCCAUCUACUUCCGAGGGGACCAUGGGGAAGACAUGCAGUACGAGGAUGUUCCAGCAGAAAUGAGGCACGAAAUGGAAGACCGAAGACGCGAGCUUAUCGAGCAUGUUUCUAACGCUGACGAGGCAUUGGGCGAGAUGUACCUGGAAGAGAAGGUUCCGACAGAAGAGGAGCUGAUGGCCGCUAUUCGAAGAUCUUGCCUGAAACGGAAGUUCUGUCCUGUCCUGGUAGGAUCAGCAUUGAAAAACAAAGGCGUGCAGCCAUUGCUGGACGCUGUCAUCUCCUACUUGCCCAACCCCAGCGAGGUUACUAACUAUGCCCUGGACGAGAGAAAUUGUGGGGAGACUAAGAAGGUUGCUAUGAGUCCCCUGAGAGACUCCAGCCAUCCUUUUGUAGCUUUGGCUUUCAAGUUGGAGGCAGGCCGCUACGGUCAGCUGACGUAUUUGAGAGUGUACCAGGGAAUGGUGAAGAAAGGGGACACCUUGUUCAACACUCGUACUGGGCGUCGUGUACGCAUUCCACGCCUAGUACGCAUGCACGCAGCAGAGAUGGAAGACAUCGGAGAGGCAUAUGCGGGUGACAUAUGCGCCGUCUUUGGUGUCGACUGCGCGAGUGGUGACACCUUUGUUGCAGAGAAGGAACUCCAGCUGUCAAUGGAAUCUAUCUAUGUUCCCGAAUCGGUUAUCUCAAUGUCAAUUCGCACCAAGGAGAGCAAGGACUCUGACAACUUCUCCAAGGCUAUUAGCAGGUUCUCACGUGAAGAUCCUACAUUUCAUGUCGAGUAUGACAAUGACAACAAGGAGAUGAUUGCUUCAGGAAUGGGAGAGCUUCAUCUGGAAAUCUACGCUCAGAGAAUGGAGCGGGAGUACAACUGCCCCGUAAUCCUGGGAAAGCCCAAGGUUGCCUUCCGAGAGUCUCUUCUGGCUCCCUGCGAGUUUGACUACCUCCACAAGAAACAGCAUGGUGGCUCCGGUCAGUAUGGAAGAGUCAUCGGAUACAUGGAGCCCCUUCCGCCGGAGCAAAACACGCAGUUGCUCUUCCAGGAUGACACUGUUGGCACAAACGUCCCAAAGCAAUUUGUACCGGCCAUCGAAAAGGGCUUUCGAAUGAUGUGCGAAAAGGGAUGCCUGACGGGACACCGAAUAGCGGGUGUUCGCUUCCGAUUGGUGGACGGUGAUCACCACAUCGUGGACUCUCAAGAACUGUCUUUCAUUCUGGCUGCGCAAGGGGCAGUUAAGCAAGUAUACGAAUAUGGCAGCUGGCACAUUCUGGAGCCAAUCAUGAACGUGGAAAUCACGGCACCCGUCGAAUUUCACGGUUCGGUCAUCGCUAGUGUCAGCAAAAAAUCUGGGAUCAUCAUAAGCACAGACACUGCGGAAGGAUGGUUCACUGUCGUUGCUGAGAUUCCGCUGAACAGCAUGUUUGGAUACGCAACGGAGCUACGGUCAAUGACUCAAGGCAAAGGGGAAUUCAGCAUGGAAUACACACGAUACUCACCUGCACCGGCUGCAUUGCAGCAAGAGCUGCUGGACAGAUAUGCGCAAGAAAACGCUGCAGAGAGUAGCCAGAAGAAAAGGGGAAAGAACUAGGGAGUAAUAACAAAAUACGUUCCACCACUGGAAUGUGCAGGACGUUCUGACAUCCGUAGGACGUCUGAUGCAUCGCGUGUAUAUUUGAGUAAAUGUGGUAAUAGCGUGUAAGGAAUUGUAGAUAGAAUUGGAAUUGUAUAACAAUAUAUAGUUUGGUCAUUAU